CUGGAGUGUGUCUUGCCAUGUGGAAGUUUGUUGUGCUUGGGUUGGUGCUGGUGACAUGCCAAGUGGAAUCACGAGUUGGUGUGUGUCAAACUGUGAAAACAUACGAAAAGACAUAUUGGGGUCAGAAAUGGGGUAGCUAUGUCCAAUCCUACGAAUCUUGUUGGACGAGUCUGUGGUGCUCCACAAAAACAAGAAUAGCUCAUGGUUUUAGAGAUGCUAAACUGACGAAAGUUGGCUAUAAAUAUGAAGAUGUUUGCUGCGAUGGUUACACAGGCAAUCCCAAGUAUGGAGGACCCUGCAGACCUGUAUGCAAUCCACCCUGCAAAAAUGGCUUUUGCGACGCACCGAAUACAUGCAGAUGUAACUUCGGAUACAAAAUGUCCCCAAGCCUUACGUGUGAACCACAAUGUUCCAGGGGAUGUUCUCAUGGCAAGUGCNGAAAAUGUGUCGGCCCAGAAAUGUGCCAAUGUGACUUGGGAUAUAAACUUUCUAAGUCCUUUACCUGCGAACCCCAGUGCUCUAAAGGAUGCCCAAAUGGAAAAUGCAUUAGCCCUGAAGUUUGUGAAUGUAAUGUUGGUUACAACAUGUUGGAAAAUAAGACUUGUGCCCCUGUGUGCACGAAGGAGUGUCCUUCUAAUGGAAAAUGUGCCAGCCCUGAAGUGUGCCAAUGUGACCCCGGCUACAACAUGACAAUUGAUGGCACUUGCGAUCCUCUUUGCUCUGACGGUUGUCCUUCUAAUGGAAAAUGCACUACCCCUGAAGUUUGUGAAUGUAAUGUUGGUUAUAGAAUGUCGAAAAAUAAGACUUGUGACCCUGUGUGCACUAAGGAGUGUCCUUCUAAUGGAAAAUGUGUCAGCCCUGAAGUGUGCAAAUGUGACCUCGGUUACAACAUGACAAUUAAUGGCACUUGCGACCCUCUCUGCUUUGAUGGUUGUCCUUCUAAUGGAAAAUGCACUAGCCCUGAAGUUUGCCAAUGUGACCUCGGCUACUACAUGACAGUAAAUGGCACUUGCGACCCUCUCUGUUCUGGCGGAUGUCCUUCUAUUGGAAAAUGUGUCAGUCCUGAAGUAUGCCAAUGUAAUCUGGGGUACAAAAUGUCGCAAAAUGCCACCUGCGAUCCUCACUGCUCUCGGAAUUGCCCAGAAAAUUCUAAAUGUGUAAGUCCAGACGUUUGCCAAUGUGAAAUCGGCUACAACAUUACAUUUGAUGGCACUUGCGACUCUUUCUGUUCUGAUGGUUGUCCUUCUAAUGGGAAAUGCAUUAGCCCUGAAGUUUGUGAAUGUAAUGUAGGUUACAGCAUGUCGAAAAAUAGGACUUGUGAACCUGUGUGCUCUAAGGGGUGUCCUUCUCAUGGAAAAUGCGUCAGUCCAGAAAUUUGUCAAUGUGACCUUGGCUACUAUCCUCGCAUACCUAAAAAUAAUAUCUGCAAACCUCUUUGUCAUACAGGUUGUAGAAAUGGAAUUUGUGUGAGCCCACUCCACUGCAUAUGUAAGCUUGGCUUUAGAAUGUCUGCAAACGGCACAUGUGAACCUAAUUGCUCUAAUGGCUGCCCACACGGAGAAUGCGUAGCCCCAGAAACUUGUCAGUGUGAUUCCGGAUACAAAAUAAAAAAUAAUACCUGUGAGCCCCAAUGUUCUUCAGGAUGUCCCUAUGGCAAGUGUGUGAGUCCUGAUACUUGUUUAUGUGACCCUGGCUACACAUAUUCGAAUAACACAUGUCAGCCGGACUGCCCGAAUGGUUGUGACCAUGGCAAAUGUGUUGGCCUUGGUAAAUGCCUGUGUGAUACUGGAUAUUUGUAUACGUAUUCGAAUGAGCAUAUAAACGGUACUUGUAAACCAUAUUGCAAAAUAGAGUGUGGUAAUGGGAAGUGCAUAGAACCAGACAUUUGUACUUGCGCUCCCGGCUACACUGUGGAUUUGCAAAACAAUACGGAAAAUAAAACAGAGGGCCCUCUUUGCAUUCCUAAAUGUACUAAUUGUCAAGGACUAUGUGUCGCUCCAAAUCAAUGUAUUUGCCAGCUUCCAUUCAUCGCCAAGAACACUACCGCAGAUGGUGGCGAGUGUGAUGGUUUUGAAUCAAUAUCUGGGUUGAUUAUGUGCAAUAUGACAAUUUGUGUGUUAAAUUCAAGCACACAUGAUGACAAUUAUGUAACUGAAGUAUUUGAAUCCUCAGAAGGAAUUGAUUUGGAAACAACGUUUAUGUCAUCAAAAGUUACAAACAACAAAGACAUUGACUUAUCAACAGCUACAAACGAUGAAUUAGAACAAAAUGAUACAAUAAUGUAUCCUUCUUUUUAUACGACCAAAGUAGACAUGGACGAGUCAUCAACACCAACAGAUUAUGAAGACUUUACGCAGAGUGAAGUAAAUAUUACUAUCUCUUUCGUAACUACAAAGCUUGCAGAGAAAAGCUAUGAUAGUAAACUCCAAAAUGGUUCUAAAAGCAGGUCUAUUCCAGUCUGGGUAUACAUUGUCGCAGCAGUAAUGGCCAUACUGAUUGUACUACUUAUUUUGAUGGUCUAUCUUAAAAGAAAUCUUUUGAUGAAUUACUUUAAGCGCAGCAAAUAUGAAGUGAAAGAUCACACUGAAGAGUACAGUAUUCCAACUAUCCAGUUCACAGGAGUGAAGUCGGAGGAUGACCGUUCUAUGCACUCGAAUGAAACGUAUGAAUGUGUAAAUUAAUCACUAAAUAAAUGAAUAACACCUUAAUAGGUUAAAUUAUUACAAACAUGUUAUCGUAUGG